AGCCGCAUCUUAGUCACAACUUCUAGUGUGAGCGGCCUUUGCAAAGUAUCAUGAGUGUCUUCGGAUGGCAGUGCACCUGUGGCGGGGAAGAACCCGGGGAGGAGCAGCAAUCCAGCGAUGUGGGUGCUCUGCGCGUCAUGGAGGAAGUGAACCUCGCCAAGAAGGAAGAUUUGGAGGAGCGCGAGGAGGUUGAAGUGGAGGGCGGAGCAAAGUACAAGGGUCAGUGGCGAGGUCAGCAGAGAUAUGGCCAGGGAGUCCUUACCAGGCCCGACGGCCAAACUUAUCGCGGCUCUUUUGUGGACAAUCGCGCGCAAGGCCAUGGUGUGUUUGAGGCAGCCAACGGCAACACCUACGAGGGGCAAUGGCAUCAGGAUCGUGCGCAUGGAUAUGGCAAGUACGUCCAUGUAGAUGGCAGCACGUACGAGGGCGAGUGGGUGCAAGACGAGAAGUCGGGCAAGGGCGUCGAAUGCUGGGCUGACGGAGCAAGGUACGAGGGCCAAUUCCAGCAUGGUUCCAAGCAUGGGUCUGGCAUCUACAAAUCCGCCACUGGCGUUGUCUACGAGGGCCAGUUUAAGAAUGACAAGAUGGACGGCCACGGUGUGUACAAAUUUGCAGAUGGCCGCACUUACACGGGCCAAUGGCAGC